AUGGUGCAGGGCGCGCUGGAGCUGCGCACCAAGGUGGUGCAGGACGUGCUCACGCCGCUGGCCGACUGCUUCAUGCUGCGGGCCGACGCCGUGCUGGACUUCGCCACCGUGUCCGAGAUCCUGCGCUCCGGCUACACGCGCAUCCCCGUCUACGAGGGCGAGCGGCGCGACAACAUCGUGGACCUGCUCUUCGUCAAGGACCUGGCCUUCGUGGACCCCGACGACUGCACGCCGCUGCGCACCAUCACCCGCUUCUACCACCGCCCGCUGCACUGCGUCUUCAGCGACACCCGCCUGGACACGCUGCUCCAGGAGUUCAAGAAGGGUAAAUCGCACCUGGCCAUUGUGCAGCGGGUGAACAACGAGGGCAAGGGGGACCCGUUCUACGAGGUGAUGGGCAUCGUCACGCUGGAGGACGUCAUCGAGGAGAUCAUCAAGUCCGAGAUCCUGGAUGAGACAGACCUGUACACCGACAACCGGCGGAAGGAGCGGGUGCCGUACCACGGGAGGAAGCCCCACGACUUCUCCAUCUUCCGGCUCUCGGACAGCGAGAUGAAGGUGAAGAUCUCCCCACAGCUUCUUCUGGCCACGCACCAGUUCAUGGCAACAGAAAUCGAGCCCUUCAAGACGCCCUAUCUCUCGGAGAAGAUCCUGCUGCGGCUUCUGAAGCACCCCAACGUCAUCCAGGAGCUGAAGUUUGACCAGAAGAACCGGCGAGCUGCAGAGCACUGCCUCUACCAGUGCCACCGGCCCGUCGACUACUUCAUCCUCAUCCUGCAGGGCAAGGUGGAGGUGGAGAUCGGCAAGGAGGGGCUGCGGUUCGAGAACGGCGCCUUCACUUACUACGGGGUCCCGGCCAUCAUGACCGCCCUGUCUUCAGACAGCGACGUGCGCAAGGGAAGCAGCCUGGGCGGAUCCGCCUUCCUGCUGAACCGGUCGCCGUCGCGCUGCAGCGGGCUGAACCGGGCCGAGUCCCCGAGCCGGGAGCGCACAGAGGCGGGGGGCAGCCCCACGCCGCUGCACAGCGGCAGCAACAACAUCUACACCCCGGACUACUCCGUCCGCAUCCUCUGCGACGUCCAGUUCGUCAAGGUCACGCGGCAGCAGUACCAGAACGCGCUGGCGGCCAGCCGCAUGGACAGCUCCCCCCAGACCCCCGACGUGGCGGCCUUCAACGACGGGGACUCCGCCAAGGCCCCGACGGUCCGUGGGACCCCGCAGACCCCCCGGGACGACAGCGCCACGCUCCUGCCGGAGCAGGGCAGCCUCACAGACAGCGAGUGCUGCAGCGUCCCCGUGGAGCCGGAGAGCCCCGGCCAGGACGCAGUGGCCAGCGCGUCCCCGAGCAGCUGCGAGGACACCCUGGGCAAGCGGCUGCUGAGGACACUGAGCGGGCGGAGGCGGAGGCCGUCCGCGGAGGGCGAGAAGACGCCGGAGGAGAGCUCCACCCUGACGCCCCUGAUCACCUGAGCGAGCAGCAGCCGGGCACACGCAGCCCAGAGGUGAGCUGCCCCUGCCAUGGCCCGCGGCCCAGCCUGCACCAACACUGGGGGAUGCUCCAUGGGUGCAUCUGCGCUGCCCCAGAGGCCCUGGCCUGACGCUUAGAGGAAAGAGGGUCGCCAGCACCUGUGUGGGGAAAGAGAUUAGCAGGAAUCCGGAAGGAGACCCCAAGCCGUGGAACGAAGGGACCCCUCAGCCCUGCCCGGCAGCUGGCUGCAAAGGGGGUGCAGCCGCCCCCCGGCCCCGGGCUGGAGUAGGGACAGGAGGGGCAGGACCAGGACCGUCCAGGGCAGCGCGAAGGCAGACACCGAGUCCGUGGUGCUCAGCCCCUGCAGGGGGGCACAGUGGGGGUGGGGGCUGUCCAGACUCACUGCUGCUGCCCUUGCACAGGCCUGCAGCAUGAAGGCCGCCCGGUGCCGUGCCCGAGGCAGCGUGUCCGCACCCAGCUGCUGCCUGCUGCUCCCAGCCUGCCCCGUGCGCAGGGCCCCACGAAAAGGGACUGCCCCCCCGGCAGGGGCAGACGUGGCAGCCCCGGGCCCGCUGCUCCCCAGCGCUCUGCCUCCAGGGACAGCGGGAGUGCCUCUGGCUGGGGGGUCCCGGCAGGCCGGAGCAGGGGGGCUGCCCCGAGCUGCCCUUAGCAUCGUUGCUCUGUGCCAGGCACCACACAGACUGGCAGCGAGCCAUGCCCCCCUGCCCGCUCUUGUCCCCGCAGUGCUCAGGGCCCUGGCACCCAUGCUCACACGUGCCCCCACGCCAGCAUGCGCACGCCCAGCGAGACACCCCGACCUCCCCGAGCGGUGCCCGGGGGCAGCUUGCAGCCGCGUUCGCCCUGCAGGGAAGGGGCUCAGCAUGGCGCUCCCCCUUCCCCUGCGGUGCCAGCCUGCCUCUGUGCCAGGCUGGGCUGGUACCGCGAGAACUUUUAACUGGUUUCUGUGGAGACUGAUUGCAAUGGAGAUACUUUACAUUAAAAGUGAUGCCCUCCCUGAAGGCUCUGCCUGCUGCUCUCAGCGGAUCGGGACGGGCCUGGGGCACGCGUUUCCUCCAGCCCCGCUCAGUCCAGGGCAGCGCCGUCAUCUCGAACCGCUGCGCCAGGUGGGCGGUUUUGUUUCCUGCCUCUGCCUCAGGCCUGCUGCCAGUCCCCCCGCACCCAGGCUGCGGCACAACUGGUGACCCCUGCCUGCUAACCUGUGUCCCCGGCCGGGAGCCAUCAGGCCCUGGGUGACACCUGUCCUUCCCUCACCGACGGCGCUGCCCUGCUAACGCGGCAGGGGCCACAGGCUGGUUCCUCCCCAUGCCCAGCCCCUCAGAGGAGCUGCAAGGUGGCAGAGCCCUCUCCCGCCGCCCUCGCUGAGUGCACGUUCACUCCUGCCCCGGCUGGAGCCGGAGACCCUGCUGCAUUGAUCCGCACUGCCGGGGAGGACGGGGGUAAGAGCCCAGGGGACAGCAACCAGCCACAGAGCAGAAGGGUCUGACUGGGGUAGGGGGAAGGAGGGGAGCAGGGCUUUCCUCACCCCCGGCAGGACGGGGGCCAGGUCCCGUCUUACCUUGGCGGCUGGGCGGUGACCAGGGAGACGCAGUCGGGCGUGAGCAGCAGGGCAGGGCCACGUGGGUGGAGAUGAUUUAUUUUCUUUCCACAACAUAAAGCAGCAGCAAUCAACCAUGAGGUUUCCCCCGGGGGCGGGCGGAAGAGGGCGGAUGCAACCAGCACCAGCUGCACCCCAAAAACAAGGUGCAGCCCCCAGGCUGCAGCAGC